UUGGUUUGAUAUGUGCUGAACGCUGAUUGGAGAUGAUUCGCUAAAGAAAAAUAUCAAAUUUACGUAUAAAAACCUAUUUGGCACUUUCUAUUCCGCUCACGAAUUUUUCUUCAUGAAUUACAUCUUUGACAAAUACAUUUAAUGAAGUUUUCAGGAAGAUAUAAUUAUCGCUUAAUUUAUACUUCGAGCUUUUUAAGCUAAUACGCACUGCAGAUAAUCAGCCUUAUGCUGUAAGUACAUUGACUUUCAUGUCAACAUUGGCAUGAUUUCAAUAAAAUUGACUUUCUAUUUCAAUCUUGAAAAAAAUCGGUAUGCUGUAUGUCUACUUGACUUGAAGUUAUUGAAAUUUAUAAAGAUUGAAAUUUAAGUCAAGCGUUUAUUUGGCAACAUCGCAUUUUCUCUGCAACUUCUAACUUCAUUAUACAUUUAACCUAACCUUAUUGACGUUAUUUUAAUUUAUUUAACCCUACAUUUCUUUACAUCGAUUGCGCGAAAAUUGGUGAUCGGUUUUUUGCUGCUCGCAUUAGAAUUAAACAGAACAUGUGUGUUUUGUAGAUGCCCCCCAAAAAGGCUACACAAGAGCAAUACCAGCUUCUAGUGGAGCAGGUUGGAGAAUCUAGUUGUUUGAAGUGGGGAAAGGGUACUCUUGAUCAAAAAAAGGAAGAGUGGAGCAGGAUUGGUGCAGUUCUUAAUUCUGUAGGAGGAGUGGAGAAAACUCCUGAAGGUUGGAAAAAGGCAUUCGUGGAGAUGAAAUCGCACAUAAAAUCAAAAAUUAGGAAUGGUAAGGAUUUAAAUGCCAUUGAAAAGAAAUGUGCCGAAAUUGCUGGAUUGAAUGUGUUAUGCAGCGGCAUGAGCUCUGUUGAAGAGUUGGGAGUGGAGCCGCAGGGAAAAUCAGAGGAACCCCUUCAAGAUGAAGUUGCUGAGGAGACUGUGGAGGAGAAUGUAAAGGAAAAUAAUGCUGUAAAUGUAAAUGACGAAGACGCCGAUAGAGAAACAGGCUCACAUGAUGUUCCCGUUACUUCAAAAUCAAAAUCCAAACCAAAAUCAACAUAUUCAAUUAAAAAAAAGACCUUAUCUGAACAAUAUGAAAUGUACAUUCAUUUUAAAAAAUGCAAACAUCAUAAUGAAGAAGCGUUUGAGACUCUAUGUUCGGAACUCAAUACAAUAAGAAAUGGCCCGAAACGGUCGACCUUAAAUUGGAAAAAGAUUUUCAGCGAAUGGGAAUCGAAGGUGAAGGCCAAAGCAAGGCGUAUUUACAUGGAGCGUGAGAUCACGGGAGGUGGGGUUCCAAUUAUUGAAAUUUUAAAUGAUUUGGAAAGAAGAUUGUUGGAAGUUUUAAGUAAAGUAUUAAUAUACGGCCACCCUAAAGUUAUAGAACUUGGGUUUUUAAAAUGCAAAAAAUUGAAAAGGGCUCCACCAACUAUUGUUGCGAGAAAGCUCUACAAGCGUAAAAGACAUUUAAAGGUACCAAUGGAUUUGCGUAACCUUAUUAAAGACAAUUCAAAAAAGCUAGUUAAUAGUUUAUUACUUAUAAAAAACAGUCUCCAAGCGCUGGAUGAUGCUAUUGUAAAUUUUAUAAAAAUACAAGAAUAAAACUUAACUUUUUUUUACAAA